AUGCCAGCCAAGAGCAAUCUGGUCGGACUAGGCCUCCUGAGCACAACUCACUCACACCACUCACCACCCACGUACACGGCCAGCUUUGUGCCGAAUGGCCCUUUGUCAGUGCUGUCUGGUCGCGGAGACAGGCUCCAAAGUCGAGUCUGCCUCUUGAGACCCGGGGCCAAGUCUUCUGACCGGCGCCCAUGCCGGAGGCUCGCAGGGUGGCGCCGGCACCCGACCGGCAGGCCAGGAUCGCUCGCCACGCACGAUUACAAUGACAAGGCUCUGCGCCCGGCGGAGAAGCCCUUGGGGGGCGGUGAAGCCGCGAUCUUGAAUGUCUUAGUUUUUGAACUGGCGAGCGUCAUGGAGGCGCGCUCGCGGGAAGAAGAUGUGCGGCCCAUGCAGCAGGUGCUGCCAGGUCUUCCGGUUCAGGAACUUCGAUCUGCAAUUCAGCCCUUUGCGCACCACCAGCCGCCACCCGAAAGCCGGCGCAGCCGCGAGGCUGCUGACGUGCUUUCUCCUCAUGGAUCUCUCAAUGCCCAGAACAUGCUGGGGAGCACCACCAGCUCACGUGCCGCGGGCGCAGUGCAGGCACCGAAACAGGUGCCACACUCGCGUCGUGCGAGCGCGGAGGCCGCGCCGGGCGGAUCGCCGGGCAAGGCAACCGCAGCCUCUGCAGAGGUUCAAGACUUGUUUCCGUUCUACUUGGACGACAAGCUGCUGGAGAUGAUGAAGCCGAGCGGUCCAAACUGCUCCGAUCCAAUGCCACUGAGCAAAACUUGUACAUGCAUCAUGAUCAUACUCUUCUAG